AAAAGGCCUGAAUUGGAUCUGACUGUGAGGGACAGCGAAGGCCGCCGAAGAUUUCACGGGGCGUUCACCGGAGGCUUCAGUGCCGGACAUUACAUGACUGUCGGCUCCGAAGAGGGCUUCACUCCUUCCCAAUACAAGUCCAAUAGAGCCGAACGAUGGGAUCAAUCGCUGCUCAAAGACAAACCCGAGAACUAUAUGGACUCCGAGGACUUGGAUGUGUUUGGCAUCGCUCCCAAACGGAUCACCGCAAGGGAUCAGUUCGCACAACAAGAGUCCUUCGCAGGUUUUCGUUCAACCGAUACUCUGAUCGAUGUCUUGAAGUCUGUUAUCAAACCGUCCGUCGAGUCAAUUGGUCUUCAAUUGUAUAAACGAAUGAAACGGAACGCAAAGAUUGAGUUAAGAGAUGGCAAUCGAAAGACAUACGGAUGCGAACAGCCGUCCAAUACAUCGGCAAACAAUGACAUCACUUAUAAACCAAAGUCUGAUUUCCAUGGAAUCGGCUUUAAGUCGAUGUUAGAAGAAAGUGACGGAAAUCACGCCAAAGACAUGACCGGAGUUUCGGUUACUUUCAAAAGCGGUCAGAAACUGAAGAUUUCUGGCGAAGCGUUCGGUUAUGGAGUUCUCGAUGACGACGACGACAUCCAAGAAGACGCUGUUGUUUACCAUAAGGAAGACAUCUCUCAAUACGACUACGAAAUCGGUGCCGUUAGACACGAGCCUAAGAUGAAGAACAAAGGCAAACAUAAAUCGCUUGAUGUCCUCAAGAGUGAUGUCAUCGACGGUUUUGUCAAGUGUUCGAUAAAAAUUAAUUUAAUUGAAAUAAUGAGCAAAAAAUAUCCGAUCCCUUCGUUGCCCACACAUUGGAAGCACACUUCCGGUCACCAAAAGGCAAAAAAGUCUCGUUGGGAUCAAUCGAGUGAUAAACAAAAGAGUGUUAACACUAGUUCUGUGAGCGAUGAACAAACAGUGACCCCAACGCCCGCACGAACACCAGUUCUUAACGCAAACAUAAGAGCAUUACUAUUAGGCGAAGAAGUGAUUCACAGACAGGGAGUGAAAAGAAUGGAUCCAAUGCCCGAAGAAAGCGAUUCAAUCAAUUCAAGACAAGUAGAUUCGGUUCAAAACACAGCGCCGUUGACGGCCAUUAAAAGAGAGCCAAUAGUAUUCCAACCGUUGACUGGCUUUUGGGCGAAUAAAUUCACCAGAAGUAACGAUACCGUCGAAGAGACACUAUCGGGAGGUUUGACUGAUUUCAAUGAGACUAAACGCCAGAAGACUGUCGACAAUGAGACAAAUGAGAAAAGCAGCGCAACAGUGAGGACAACGUUUGAAUGGCAUCCACACAACCUAUUGUGCAAACGCUUUAAUAUUCCCAAUCCUUUCCCGCAAUAUCCAGAUGUUGUCGGCGUUAUAACUGUCGGCAAAUCCGAUGUGAGGAAUAGAACGGCCAAAAUAAAUGACCGAAAGACUAAAACUAAUAUAUUUGACUGUUUAAUGGACGACACAAUUGUGUCCAAACAAUCCGAUAAUUUAGACGAAGAAAACACUUCGGAGUCGAAAAAUGUCAAAAAUAGUAUUAAUACUAAUGAAAACAAUGAUAAAGAGGCGGAAACUGAAGAGAAGGUGAGACCACCGAUGGAUUUAUUCAAAGCUAUAUUUGCUUCGGACGAAGAGAGUGACGACGAAGACAUUGCAGACACUAAUGAGUCGAAUGUUACAAAUGAACAAAAUGUG